AUGAGUGCAAUCAGUUACAUCCUUGCCAUUGCCACGAUUCUCAUCGUGCCCACUUCAGCGUUUACCACAAGUCACAAGAAGACGGCAAGAACCUCCUCGUCUACGGCAUUUCGAAUGGUCUCGCGAGAGGAAUAUCUGAAACCCCACUUUCACACAACCGUACGACCAACAACAAGCAUGCUCAACUUUGAUCAUCCAGCAUCCACUACAAUGACGAAGUCUGUGCCGUCAUCAUCAUCAUCAUCCUCAGUGGAACAACGUGUUCAUGACUAUUGCGAAAACAAGGGUGGAUGUGACUUGGAAGAAAUGGCAUUGCUCCUGGAAGAUUUCGAACAGGUCAAUCACGCUGCGUCGUCGUCUUUGUUUUCGUUUGACACGACCCAAACCGAACUUCGACCACAAGAAGAAAAGGGUGCACCAGUGAAACGCAAAGUUGACUUGGAGCAACAUCUUCGACGCAUGCAUGAAAUUGCGGAUAUGGAAGAACACUAA